AUGCGGAGGUCGCCCAAAGGAGGUGUCGACUGGACUCCAGGCACUGGAGGACACCACCUAGGCGAACCUCCUCCUCCUAGUGGACAAGAUGGUCAACUGCAGCGUGCUGCUUGCACCUCAAGAACCGAAGAGGAGACAAGCUAUGGCGAGCUCACCAGAAGGGUACUUAUUCCUGGCGUCGCUGAUAUGUAUGUUAUAGGGAAUCUGUCUGCCCAUGAGAGAGCGACACUUCAGAGUGUCGUGGAAAAUCGCGAUGGUACCAUUCCCGUUCGCGUUCGCUCAGAUGAUGUCGUUGUUGAUAUUGGGGAUAGUGUUUUUGAUGCCUAUGGAGAUCAGCUAUUCGCUGGAUAG